UUUUAUUAACAAAUUUUGGGAGGAGCACGCGCAGAUAAUUAACACAGCCAGUCCGUCAUCUAUCCAAUCAGCACAAGAGAGAACUCCUAUAAAUAAUCAAAGCAGCCUUACCUUCAUUAUCUCUAGUCUUUCAGCAUCCCUCCACCACCCCGACUCCUCACCUUCAGCCCGUACCUACCCCAGCACAGGGAGGAACACUCGGGGGGAGUGCUUGGGUCCGGGCUAAAUGCCGAGCUCGGAGCCCUCUCCCCGGACAGCACGCCAAAUAAGCAUAACCUUUACUCUGUUCAUUAUCUGUAAAUGUGAACUCGUGAAACACUAAACUUUGGCCACCCUAUUUUAUAUAGGCCCACCCACUUAAAAUUUCUGGCUAUGCCCCUGCCUCACAUAUUUAGUGCAUGCUAGUUCUGUUGUGUUUAGUUAUUAUUUUAGUUAGUCUAUGAGCUGACACAGACACAGAAAGAACGUUCAACAUCAUCACAAAAUAUUAGUGUUGGACUUUAAAAAGAGUAGAAAUGUCUGAUACUAUUUAUGACAAUGUCAUCUGUACUGAGACUGAGGGAAUGAAGAGAAAGAGAGUGGAGAUGACGGUGGCUAUCUAUGAGAGUGCGGAUCAUGUGAGAGAUCAUGAUUUCAGGACAGAGACAAACACACACCAACCACUUCAGCAUACAGGAAGUGAUUCAGUGAAGAUCAGAAGCUCCAGAGCAGCUGCAGUGCGUUUAGUGCUGCUGUGUGUUCUUCUGCUGACUGCAGUCAUAGUGCUGUGUGUCCAAAUCCAUUCAAAGAACACAAACUACACAGAAGAGAAAGAACAGCUACUAAACAAGAUCACCAACCUCACAGAAGAGAGAGAGCACCUACUGAUCACGAUCAAUGAUUACAAAACAGAGAAAUAUCAGUUAGUGAUCCAGAACAACAACCUGACAAUUGAAAAGAAAGAUUUAUUAUCCAAGCAUGAUGUUGUAAUGAAACAAAGAGAGCAGUUACAGCAGGAGAACAAUGACCUGUGGAAACGUCUUCAUGAAGUGGACAGGUGGAUGUUUUUAUAUCAGUCCAGUCUUUACUUCAUUUCCUUGGAGAAGAAGAGCUGGACUGAGAGCAGACAAGACUGUAAGGCUAGAGGAGCAGAUCUGAUCACCAUAAACAACAGCGAGGAACAAGGUCUUGUUACAAAAAUGUCUUUUGGCACUUCUGCCUGGAUUGGUCUGACUGACAGUGAUGUGGAGGGCACAUGGAAAUGGGUUGAUGGCAGCACACUGGCCUCUGGGUGAGAAAUCAAUGGAUUGAACUGAUUAUUAUCUAAUAAAUUAUUCUCAUAGUCAGUAUUACAUUUCACAGAAAGCAGCACUGAACAUCUAAGGUUGAUCUGUAUUUUCAGCUUCUGGUGGU